AUUCUCUCUCUCUCAUCGAGAGAUUACUCCCAUUGCUUUAAGCCCCUCCGGAACUCCAUUUAAUUAAAAUUUAUUUAGGCCUGUGCUUUCUCUUUUGCAUGAGAACUCAAAACCAAAAUCCACUCUGUUCCCCAGCAAUCCCACCUCUUUCUUUUUGAUUCCAUCUCACUGCCUCCGUUUUAUCCACUAAAAAUUUUCUCGGAGAAUGAGGUGGGAAAGGCUCCAGCUGCAACAAACCCACCAAGAACAAGGAGCUCGACCACAGGAGAGUAAUGGGCCAGGGAAGAGGUGGGGGCAUACCUGCAAUUCCAUUAAAGGAGGGAGGUUUUUUUAUGUUUUCGGUGGAUAUGGUAAAGAUAACUGCCAGACCAACCAAGUUCAUGUCUUUGACACUGCCAUGCAGACUUGGAGCCAACCAGAGAUAAAAGGCACACCGCCCACUCCAAGGGACAGCCACAGUUGUACUGCUAUUGGUGACAACCUCUAUGUGUUUGGGGGCACUGAUGGGAUGAACCCUCUUAAGGAUCUGCAUAUUUUAGAUACUUCAUCGCAUACAUGGAUUUCUCCAACAGUGAGAGGAGAGGGACCAGAUGCACGUGAGGGUCAUAGUGCUGCUCUUGUUGGUAAACGUCUCUUUAUAUUUGGUGGCUGCGGAAAAUCUUCAAAUAAUAAUGAUGAAGUGUAUUUCAAUGAUCUUUAUAUAUUAAAUACAGAGACAUAUGUAUGGAAACAAGCAGCAGCAUCUGGCGCUCCUCCUUCUGCACGUGAUAGCCAUACAUGCUCAUCUUGGAAGAACAAAAUCAUUGUGAUUGGUGGUGAAGAUGGACAUGAUUAUUAUUUGUCUGACGUACACAUCCUAGAUGCAGAAACUCUUGUAUGGAAGGAGCUCCACACUACAGGCCAGAAGUUGACACCUCGAGCUGGUCAUUCUACUGUUGCUUUUGGCAAGAAUUUAUUUGUUUUUGGGGGAUUUACAGAUGCUCAAAAUCUGUAUGAUGACCUGUAUAUGCUUGAUGUUGACACCGGUGUAUGGACAAAGGUGAUGACUACAGGAAUUGGACCUUCUGCUAGAUUUUCUGUGGCAGGGGACUGUUUAGAUCCACAGAUGGGUGGUGUACUAGUUUUCAUAGGUGGUUGCAAUAGGAGUCUUGAGGCACUGGAUGAUAUGUUUUACUUGUACACAGGACUUACAAGCAUGCAAGAUGAACGGCGGGUAGAAAAAUUGUCCUUGAGGAAGCAAUUGAAGUUGAGAUGCCAAGAACAAAAUAUUAACUCUCCUGUACAUGAUAAAGCUAUGCUUAGAAUUGAUACAAGUACUGACUUCCACCACACUGUGCCAACUUAUGCCCAACCAAGUAGAGAGAGUUUUCGACUGAAUCAAGUGCAGCUUCAUCAAGGGAAGAAGACAUUUCAAGCCAAAGUUACUGAAAGCUUCCCCCAUGGAUAUACCAUUGAAACCAUCAUAGAUGGAAAGCCUCUACGUGGAAUAUUAUUUGCCAACAAGCCAAUCACUCCCCAGACGUCUAAUCAUAAUAAUACAAGGAAAAGGGCUGGUGGGGAAAUUGGCACUGGUAUGUUGAAUGGUGAUCACAACAACAAAGCAAAAGUCUCUAGAAUCCUCAAGCAGGAUACAGUUGAUCACAUACAACCAGAAAAUGCUCAUGGGAAGGAGACUGCAUCACAUGAACCCAAGACAGAAGCUGCUGUUGCGCCUGGUUUAAAGAACCUUGCAUCUUCUGAUGUUUCUCAGCUCCAUGAGGUCCCUGCAAACCCAGAACCAUCUGUAGCUCCUCUGAAUUUAAAUGAUGAUAUGAUAACUGAUGCACCAAAUUCUGAUACUGAAUUUCCAAACACAGCCAAGGACUCUGUCUCUAUCACUUUGUCCCUAAAUCAAGAUGGCAGAACACCAACCGUCGAAGAAGUAGAUGGUGAUCCAGGGAAAAUUAAUUUCAUUGGUGAACAAUGAACAUUUCAGAAUGGCAUGACACAAAAUCGCCUGCUUUUGUACAUUAGUGACUUGAAAGGUGAUCAUAGAUGCGCUUGACUGGUGAUGCACAGAUUCUGCUAACUGGUGAUCUACGUCCUGCUAGAUCUUGCCUUUUUUCUUCUCCGCCAACUAAUAGUCUGUUCUAAUAUGUGGCCCUUUUUGUCUAUAAAACUUGCAACGUCUUUGAUUAGUUAUUGCUCCAGAUCUGACCGCUCAAGAAGGAAAAAAAGAGGAGAAGAGGUUGCUUAUCAGAAAUCAGUGACUGUAAUGGGUAGUUGUUUUUUUUUUUUCUUGCUUUGUUUGUGGCAGAAUUUUGUCCUCAAAGUAGCUCAAGUAGGUUGCCUUUGAGCUUCAGGAAAUUUUAUUGUCUCCUUAGGUUAUAGUUUCACAGAAAGUGCACGAAUAUUUGCCUUUUUAUGUUUAAUAUUUUUGGUAAUUCUCUUUGGAAGGAAUUAACUAAUGGGAUACCAUUUUUACAGA